CAAGUCAACAAUAAACAGCAUGUUCAUUUAAUAAACCACAUGACCGGAAAUCGGAAUAACUGGAAAUUGGAAUCGGGAUAUUGUUUAGUUCAUACUGCUCAGUCGAUAAAAUAUGAUAAGUUUCUCUUAGGCAAAAAUCAAAAUAUACUGCAAACAAUUAGUAUGAUUAAUGUAUACAUUAAUUUUAAUUAAAUAAUUACUAAACUAAUUUAAAUUUAAUUGGGUUGUUAAUAUUUGCUUAUAAUAUGGACACUAAACAUCGUCUAGGAAAUUGUGAAGUUUGUGACAAUGAUCCUGCCAAGUAUUGCUGUCCUAGAUGUGAGCUAAAAACAUGCAGCUUGGUGUGUGUUAAUAUUCAUAAAAGAGAAUUAGAAUGUGAUGGAAAAAAAUAUAAAACUAGUUUCAAACGAUUGGAUAAAUUUACUGACAACGACAUGAGUCAAGAUUAUAGGCUUAUGAAUGAAUUUAUUGAAGCAGUUGGAGAAUUUAAAACAAAAACACAACGUCUUUCUAAUUUCUCACCUGGUUUUCGUAAAUUACGGUAUCAAGCUUAUCGUCGUCGAAUACGCUUGCAAAUAUUACCAAAUUCUACUAUGAACAAAAACAAUACGUCAUUUGUCAAUUGCAAGACCAACAAAAUGUUUUGGCGUGUUGAUUGGAUAUUUCAUGAUACCAAUGUUAAAUUCACAGAUCACAAGGUUUUAGAAUACGACAAACUCAAUAAUCUAGCAAGAAAAUAUUUCACACCAGAAUCUCAUAGUGAAGAAAUCAAAGAAAAACUACAGUUUUAUAUGUCAGCUGGUGUAAAAGAAGUAAUGUUUUUAAUGAAAACACCUUAUGGAAAAUAUUAUGAAGUUGAUCCAGAAGAAUCAUUAGUGUAUAAUUUAAGAAAUAAAUCAAUAUUAGAGUAUCCAGAAAUUCUGAUAGUUUUAUCGAUUCAUAAAGACACGUUUAGUGAACUUCUUUACGUUGAAAGGCCUAUGUUUAAUAAACAUAGUAAUAAAUAAACUGUAUUUAAGUUUUUGUGUGUUUGAUCUUAGACUUGGCCUCGUAAUUUAUUGGUCAUUAUUAUGUUAUUGUGGUAAUUAUCCAUCUCAAAAAGUUUCAAUUUUUUACCAGCAUUUUUAUUUUUAUUUGAUUAAUAAUUAUGUUUCAUAUUAUAAAAUUGUAUUGCAAUACUGUAACAAUAAUGUACUAUGUAUCCUUUAUCUUCUUAUAUCUUAUAUGUUGUAACAACUAAAAGUGUAAUUUUCAAUACA